GCAAAGGAGAAGGCUGCGCAGACUUUUCCCUUUCCCUGCAUCCCCAGCACUGCACAGAAGGAACCGCUCUAUUGGAUUUUAAAAUAAAGAAACUAAAGAAAAUUAAAUAAAAUUUCGCCAGGCACUCUACCCAAUGUGAACAGUAAAAAAAGAGGCAUUAUAGAAGAGAAAACAGCAGAGAGAUGGGAGCGUUCAGGCUGCUGCUGGGGAGUUUACAUUACCUGGGACUCUAUCUGCAACUUAGUGUCUCCACAAGGCAGACUGCACACCGAGACAUGGAGAACCACAUCUCUGGGAACGCCAUGUUUACUGAGGUUCCCCAUGAUAUGACUGCCCAGAGAGGUAAGCAACAACAAAAAACACGUACCUAAACAGAAGCAGCAAAACAACAAUAAAACCAAAAGACUAACAGAUGGAAAAUCACGAAACAUCUAGAAGAAACGGACCACAAACCCCAGACAAACAAAGAGGUGGCUCCUGAGGAGGAAACGCCAAAGGAUGCUACAAAGAUAAGUGUUGUGAAGGUCGUUGGCAGCAACAUCUCCCACAAACUCCGCCUCUCCAGGGUCAAAACAUCCGAUGAAGGGACCUACGAAUGCCGCGUGAUCGACUUCAGUGACGAAGGUGGCGCCCGUCACCACCGAGUCAGAGCCUACCUGCAGGUGGUGCCAGAGAGCGACGUCGUCAACUCCGAACACAACGGCAACUUUGAGGCCAUGGACGACACCAAGAGGGGAGCGUUGGUUGUUGACAGGGAGUUGCAUGGCGGCGCCAGGGAGCACAGCCAUCACCAGAACCACGGGCACCACCAGGAGCACGGCAAGCGGCCUCAGUCUGCCGCACACCCCGGGCACAGCCACGGCGGGGGCGGCGGUCAGCAGCACAAGGCAGGCAGGGAGCUGAGGAAGAGGGACGUGGACAGUAACCACAGCCACAGUGACUGCUCCAAUGAGCCAAGCUGUGCACUCUAAAAGGUUGCUGCACCUAAAUUAAAAGAUAUAAAAAAACGGUAUAAAAAAUGUCUAAUCACAGCAUAAAAUCUACCCCUCUCACACAGUACAGGCCUGCAGAGGAAUCCAGAAUCCAUAGAAAUGUAAAAAAUGUCUUAAAAAGAGCACAGGAGCGUGAACUGUGAAGGGAGAGUGGUAAUUUUUAUGCUGUGUAGUAGUCUGGCUUGGACUGGUCCGUCUGUUAACUGCCUGUUAAGCCUGGCUUCUUAACAUUCAAUGAGGGGUGGGUGAGGGCUGGUGUGUAGAUCUAGGCAGAUUUCCUGUUUCUGAUCUAAGCAUCCACAAAUAGAUAAACUAUUAAAAAAUAUGAUAUUAAAAGACUUUAGUCUGCAUAUCUACUAGUAAAUAUGUUGCUUGUACUCCAGAUACUGUAAAUGAGAGUUCUUCAUGUUCAUACACCCUCCACUGCCUUACUGUCACUCCAUACGCAGAAACAAGCAGGAUAGAGGAGGAUUUUACUGGGUUUUGUUGCAUUUCUAUAGAAACAGCUGAAGUACAGGUAUUUACAGAAUCAACCAAAAACUGUCCAUUCCUUUCUAGUCUGGCUUUAUACCUUCAGCUCUUGCGCCUUUGUUUUACUGUGUCUGUUCAUGGAUAUUAACAUGAUGUAAAAGCUGUAUACACCCAAAUAUGGACAAGUUAUUUUUCCCUAGUGUUUGUUCCCAGCGGAGAAAAAUGUGCUUUCUUCAGCAGGAAUUCAUCAAGGUCCCCAAACAGCCGCCUGUCUGAUCAAGGGCAGAUUCUGUCUUUUUAUUUUGCUCUGAGUGAAUAACUCAGAGAAACUGGGGGAUUUCAAUAAAAACAAAGGACAUCACAAGCCAGCUGCUCUUUAGAGUUAGGAAAAAGGACUUUUCUUCAUCUCUACAUGUCCAAUCGCAGUUUAUUUAAUUAAACUACUCCUUGCUGGGGUAACUAGUUAGAAAGGGAUCAAAACAGACACUUAUUAAACACAAGAUGGAAUAUGGCGGCUAAGAUUAUUGACCUCCAAAAAGUAAUUAUACCUGUUGAUAUCUAUAUAUAUUUACAUCUUAAACACAAACUUUUGUUUGGGAUUUUUAACCAGACUAGCACAGAGAAGUGGUUAUAGUUUUAAUUUUGUUUAACAUUGGGAAACCUAAACGAUAAGUGUGUUGUCACGGAAAGAGGCAAAGAGAUUCCUGCUGGAUAAAUAAAGCUACUACCAGUUCAAAAUUAAUGAUUUAGAUUCAGUGCAGUGCGUCAUUACCAGAAGGAUUACUACCAAUGGAGCUUUGAUUGUUUCUACAGUUAAACCACAUGCAAUCUGUGGGCUUUACUUGUGACACAAGGUUUCCCCUUCUGA